AUGUCGCGCCCAGCUGCCUCGCCGUUGGCUUCCUUCCUCAGAUCCACUUCACCUCCUCCCGUUCCCCAGCCGGGUGCCUGGCGGGCUUCUCGGAAGAAGGACGGAGCGGCUGAGCAAGGCAGAGGUGAUGGCCGGUGGCGGCGGCACCUUGCCGGGGUUCUUGGGGAGGAAGAACCGGAGCCGCAGGACGGCGGUGGCGUCUGUGUUCGCGGCAGAGGCGGCAGCUGCCGGAGAUACGUCUUUGCCUGCUCCGUCUUCGCGUCCCUCAACCAUGUCCUGCUCGGCUACGAUGUGGGUGUGAUGAGCUGGUGCAUCAUCUUCAUCCAGAAGGACCUCCAUAUCACGAAGCUUUACAAAGCUACUCCUUCUAUAAUUUACAUGCAUGUACCUUCUAUAGCAAGAGUGCUACCUUACGGUGCCACCAUGGCAAGAUUUACCACGACUUGCAGCUUUAAAGACGGUGCACUCUUUGAUUAG